GCCAGGAGCUGAGGGGCCGGAGACGCAGCGGAGGCGGGCGGACAGACGGACGGACGGACUGACAGACAGAGGGGGUGAAGCAGAGACGGACAGCCGGAGGGGCGAGUCCAGCAGGGGUCCCGGCUCAGCCCCAGCAGCGGAGGCUCCCCACAAGGCCACUCGGGUGGGGUCUGCAGACGCUUCCAGGCCUUUCUGGAAGAAUGUCAGGGAGCCAUACCCCUCCUGCUGGGGGCCCCUUCUCAGCCCUGACCCCAAGCAUAUGGCCCCAGGAGAUACUGGCCAAGUAUUCUCAGGAGCCUGGAAUGCCCUGGAGGCCCUUCCCUGACGUGUGCCAGGUUGGCUGGAGAGAAGAGGCAGGGACAGGGCCAGCCAGGGAGGCCUGGACUGGACUGAGGAGAGGCCUCGUGGCCAAACAUAUUCCCUGGGGACCCUUUGCAGAGCCAGCCGCUUCAAAGGAAGAGCCAGUAGAGCAGCCGGAGCCCCGCUAUGAUGAAUUUGGUUUCCGGGUGGACAAGGAAGAUGGAGCCGAGCCCAACUCCAGCAAGCUCUUGGAUGGGCCCCUGACGGAAGACCCCCAGCAGAGGCUGAAGUGGCAAGCCCACCUGGAGUUCACCCAUAACCACGACGUGGGGGACCUCACCUGGGACAAGAUCGAAGUGUCCCUGUCCCGCUCGGACAAGCUCUAUUCCCUGGUGCUCGGGGGCAUCCCUCACAGCAUGAGGCCCCAGCUAUGGAUGCGCCUCUCCGGGGCCCUGCAGAAGAAGCACAGCUCCGAAAUGGCCUAUCGCGACAUCGUCAAGAACAGCUCCAGUGACGAGACCAUGGCGGCCAAGCAGAUCGAGAAGGACCUGCUUCGCACCAUGCCCAGCAACGCCUGCUUCUCCACCAUGAACAGUAUUGGGGUGCCUCGGCUGCGCAGGAUCCUCCGAGGGCUCGCCUGGCUCUACCCCGAAAUCGGUUACUGCCAGGGCACCGGCAUGGUGGCCGCCUGCCUGCUGCUCUUUCUGGAGGAGGACGAUGCCUUCUGGAUGAUGUGCGCCAUCAUCGAGGACCUGGUGCCUGCCGCCUACUUCGGCACCACCUUGAUGGGCGUCCAGAUGGACCAGCGGGUCCUGCGCCAUCUGAUCGUGCAGUACCUGCCUCAGCUGGACGCGCUGCUCCUGGAGCACGACAUCGAGCUGUCACUCAUCACCGUGCACUGGUUCCUCACGGCCUUCGCCAGCGUGGUCCACAUGAAGCUGCUACUGCGCAUCUGGGAUCUGUUCUUCUACCAGGGCUCGCUGGUGCUCUUCCAGAUCACCCUGGGCAUGCUCCGGAUGAAGGAGGAGGAACUGAUCCAGUCGGAGAAUUCGGCCUCCAUCUUCAACACACUGUCGGACAUCCCAUCCCAGAUGGAGGAUGUGGAGGUGCUGUUGGCCGAGGCCAUGCGCCUGGCUGGCUCCCUGACCCACGUGGCCGUGGAGACCCAGCGCCGCAAGCACUUGGCCUACCUCCUUGCCGACCAGGGCCAGCUGCUUGGCCCUGGCGCCACCGGCAACCUCACCAAGGUGGUACGGCGCAGAACGCAGCGCAGAAAGUCGGGCAUUGCCUCCCUGCUCUUUGGGGACGAGGACCUUGAGGCUUUGAAGGCCAAGAACAUAAAGCAGACGGAGCUGGUGGCCGACCUGCGUGAAGCCAUCCUGCAGGUGGCCCGCCACUUCCAGUGUGUGGACCCCAAAAAUGGCAGCGUGGAGCUGACCCCAGACUAUACCAUGGAAAGCCACCAGCGGGACCACGAAAACUACGUGGCGUGUUUCCGCAGCCAGCGGCGCCGGGCAAAGGCCCUGCUGGACUUUGAGCGCCACGAUGAUGAUGAGCUGGGCUUCCGAAAAAAUGACAUCAUCACGAUCAUAUCUCAAAAGGACGAGCAUUGUUGGGUAGGGGAGCUGAAUGGACUGAGAGGCUGGUUUCCUGCCAAGUUUGUGGAGGUCUUGGACGAACGCAGCAAAGAGUAUUCUGUGGCUGGAGAUGACUCUGUGACAGAGGGUGUCAUGGACCUGGUGCGAGGAACCCUCUGUCCUGCCCUCAAGUCGAUACUUGAACACGGGCUGAAGAAACCAUCUCUGCUUGGGGGCCCAGGCCACCCGUGGCUGUUUAUUGAAGAGGCGGCUGGCCGAGAGGUGGAACGGGAUUUCGACUCUGUCUACUCUCGUCUCGUUCUCUGUAAAACUUACAGGUUAGACGAAGAUGGAAAAGUCCUGACCCCUGAGGAGCUGCUCUAUCGGGCCGUUCAGUCUGUGAACAUGACUCACGACGCUGCCCACACUCAGAUGGACGUAAAGCUCCGCUCCCUCAUCUGCGUGGGGCUCAAUGAGCAGGUUCUGCAUCUGUGGCUGGAGGUGCUCUGCUCGAGUGUGGCCACCGUGGAGAAGUGGUACCACCCGUGGUCCUUCCUCCGCAGCCCAGGCUGGGUCCAGAUCAAGUGUGAGCUUCGAGUCCUCUGCUGUUUUGCCUUCAGUCUCUCUCAGGACUGGGAGCUUCCCAUCAAGAAAGAGGAGAAGGAGAAGAAACCUUUGAAAGAGGGUGUCCAGGACAUGCUGGUGAAGCACCAUCUCUUCAGCUGGGAUAUAGAUGGGUGACGGGGCCCCACUCCACCCGGGCCCAGGGGGGAGGAGGGAACACUCCGGCCAACAGUGAUAGGACCUUUAUUCUUUUGGUUUAUAAAUAAACAGCAUAUUGUGAAA